GCCUCCUCGCCGGCUGGCCCCGGACUGACGCUGCGCGCUGGCCCCCGCGCCGCCGCCACCGCCGCCCUCCUGUGCUCUCCCGAUUGCUUCUCGGUCGCGGACUCACGCCCUGCUUGCGGGAAGCCCAGAGGCGGCAGGGGCCGUACCGCGCGGGAGCGGCCGGGGGCCGGGCCGGUGACAGCUUCGCUCCGGAUCCCCAGGCGCGCCAGGACUCCGGCUCGCCGCGAGUCUCGCCACCGUCUUCCCCGCUGCCGCCCGGCGGGCGAUGCGGCCGCCGAACCCCGCGGCGUCCCGGAGAACCUAGAGCUGCUUUCUGAGCACUUGGCGGUGGGGGCAUGGCGCUGUGAGCGCCCCUCGCUCGGCGAGGCCACCCCCACACACACAUUGCAGGCUCCCCAUGGCCGGGACGUACAGCUCCACUCUGAAGACGCUGGAGGACUUGACCUUGGACUCCGGGUAUGGGGCCGGGGACUCGUGCCGCUCGCUCAGCCUCUCGUCCUCCAAGUCCAACUCGCAGGCGCUCAACUCCUCGGCGCAGCAGCACCGCGGGGCGGCCUGGUGGUGCUACUCCGGCUCCAUGAACAGCCGCCACAACAGCUGGGACACGGUGAACACGGUGCUGCCCGAGGACCCCGAGGUGGCCGAGCUCUUCUCGCGCUGCCCACGGCUGCCCGAGCUGGAGGAGUUCCCCUGGACCGAGGGGGACGUGGCCCGGGUGCUCCGGAAAGGCGCCGGCGGCCGGCGGCUGCCCGCCUUCUCGGCCGAGGCGGUGAGGCGCCUGGCGGGGCUGCUCCGCCGGGCGCUCAUCCGCGUGGCCCGCGAGGCGCAGCGGCUGAGCGUGCUGCACGCCAAGUGCACCCGCUUCGAGGUGCAGAGCGCCGUGCGCCUGGUGCACAGCUGGGCGCUGGCUGAGAGCUGCGCGCUGGCGGCCGUCAAGGCGCUGUCCCUGUACAGCAUGAGCGCGGGCGACGGGCUGCGCCGGGGCAAGUCCGCGCGCUGCGGCCUCACCUUCUCCGUGGGCCGCUUCUUCCGCUGGAUGGUGGACACUCGCAUCUCCGUGCGCAUCCACGAGUACGCAGCCAUCUCGCUCACCGCAUGCAUGGAGAACCUGGUGGAGGAGAUCCGGGCCAGAGUGGUGGCCAGCCAGAGCCCCGACGGCGGCGGAGGCGCGGGAGGCGGAGAGGUGUCCGCCGAGGCCCUGGAGAUGCUCAUCAACAACGACGCCGAGCUCUGGGGCGUCCUGCAGCCCUAUGAGCACCUCAUCUGCGGCAAGAACGCCAAUGGUGUCCUGUCCCUUCCCGCCUACUUCAGUCCCUACAAUGGCGGGGCCCUGGGCCACGAUGAGCGAGCCGACGCCUACGCGCAGCUGGAGCUCCGGACCCUGGAGCAGUCCCUCCUGGCCACCUGCGUGGGCAGCAUCUCAGAGCUGAGUGACCUGGUCUCCCGCGCCAUGCACCACAUGCAGGGGCGCCACCCGCUGUGCCCGGGCGCCAGCCCUGCCCGCCAGGCCCGCCAGCCGCCACAGCCCAUCACCUGGUCCCCCGACGCCCUGCACACACUCUACUACUUCCUGCGAUGUCCACAGAUGGAGUCCAUGGAGAACCCCAACCUGGACCCCCCAAGAAUGACACUGAACAAUGAACGGCCCUUCAUGCUGCUGCCGCCGCUGAUGGAAUGGAUGCGCGUGGCCAUCACCUACGCCGAGCACCGCCGCAGCCUCACCGUGGACAGCGGUGACAUCCGGCAGGCCGCCCGGCUACUGCUGCCCGGCCUGGACUGCGAGCCCCGGCAGCUCAAGCCUGAAUGCUGCUUCAGCUCAUUCCGGAGGCUGGAUGCCCGGGCGGCGACGGAGAAAUUCAGCCAGGAUCUGGGCUUCCGCAUGCUCGGCUGUGGGCGGACGGAUCUGAUCACCCAGGCCAUUGAGGCCCUGGGCCCCGACGGCGUGAACACUAUGGACGACCAGGGGAUGACGCCUCUGAUGUACGCCUGUGCAGCCGGGGAUGAAGCCAUGGUACAGAUGCUGAUUGAUGCUGGGGCAAACUUGGACAUCCAGGUUCCGAGUAACUCUCCCAGGCACCCCUCCAUCCACCCCGACAGCCGGCACUGGACCUCGCUGACGUUUGCUGUGCUGCACGGACACAUCUCCGUGGUGCAGCUGCUGCUGGAUGCUGGUGCCCACGUGGAGGGCUCGGCCGUGAGCAGUGGGGAGGACAGCUGUGCCGAGACGCCCCUGCAGCUCGCCUCGGCCGCUGGGAACUACGAGCUGGUGAGCCUGCUGCUGAGCCGUGGCGCGGACCCCCUGCUCAGCAUGCUGGAGGCUAACGGCAUGGCCUCUUCCCUCCACGAGGAGAUGAACUGCUUCAGCCACUCAGCCGCCCACGGCCACAGGAACGUCCUGCGGAAGCUCCUGACGCAGCCCCAGCAGGCCAAGGCGGACGUGCUGUCCCUGGAGGAGAUCCUGGCCGAGGGCGUGGAGGAGAGCGACACCUCGAGCCAGGGCAGCGGCAGCGAGGGGCCUGUGCGGCUGAGCCGGACGCGCACGAAGGCCCUGCAGGAGGCCAUGUACUACAGCGCCGAGCACGGCUACGUGGACAUCACCAUGGAGCUGCGGGCGCUGGGCGUCCCCUGGAAGCUGCACAUCUGGAUCGAGUCCCUGCGGACCUCGUUCGCGCAGUCGCGGUACUCGGUGGUGCAGAGCCUGCUGCGGGAUUUCAGCUCCAUCAAGGAGGAGGAGUACAACGAGGAGCUGGUGACCGAGGGCCUGCGGCUCAUGUUCGACAUCCUCAAGACCAGCAAGAACGACUCGGUCAUCCAGCAGCUGGCCGCCAUCUUCACCCACUGCUACGGCAGCAGCCCCAUCCCCAGCAUCCCUGAGAUCCGAAAGACUCUGCCGGCCAGGCUAGACCCUCACUUUUUGAACAACAAGGAGAUGUCAGACGUGACGUUCCUGGUGGAAGGAAAGCUGUUCUACGCACACAAAGUUCUGCUGGUGACAGCUUCCAACAGGUUCAAGACGCUGAUGACCAAUAAGUCGGAACAUGAUGGGGACAGCAGCAAAACCAUCGAGAUCAGUGACAUGAAGUACCACAUCUUUCAGAUGAUGAUGCAGUAUCUGUACUACGGGGGAACAGAAUCCAUGGAGAUCCCCACCGCCGACAUCCUGGAGCUGCUGUCCGCCGCCAGCCUGUUCCAGCUAGACGCCCUGCAGCGGCACUGCGAGAUCCUGUGCUCCCAGACACUCAGCGUGGAGAGCGCCGUGCACACCUACAAAUACGCCAAGAUCCACAACGCCCCGGAGCUGGCCCUGUUCUGUGAGGGCUUCUUCCUGAAGCACAUGAAGGCCUUGCUGGAGCAGGACUCCUUCCGGCAGCUCAUCUACGGCCGCAGCAGCAAGGUGCAGGGCCUGGACCCGCUGCAGGAUCUGCAGAGCACGCUGGCCGAGCGCGUGCACUCAGUCUACAUCACCUCGCGGGUGUGAGCGGGCGAAGGCGGGCGUGCCCCGAGCAGACCGUGUAUGUCUGGUGUGACCAAGAGCCGGCCCCCACACACCCACCCUGUGUGCCCUCUCUCCUCUGGCGGCCAGCAGCAGGUCCUGGGCCAAGUGUGCUCCAAGCUCUCGCCCAUCCCAGCUGGAGCGAGGUCUUGCAGUGUGAGCAUCCCAGUAUCCUCUGCCCGGGCCCCAGGCCACGUCGUUCAAAAGCCGGUACUCGUUUUUCUCUGCGUCCAGCCUGCAAGGCUGCAAGACUGUGCCUCCGACAGGCUGGGCGGGGCUCCAGGGCCAGCUCCUCUGACUGCUCCACUUGUGUGGGUCGGCAGAAGCCUCUCCCUUCGGGCUGGGGCAAGGGGGACGAUGUGAGAGCAAGGGGGACGAUGUGAGAGCCUGGGGGCCUCAGUUUGUGUUGUUGCUGCUGUUUUUUUUUUUUUUUUCAGGGGUUGGGGGGCAAGGUAAGAGUUUGAUUCUGAAACCUCAGGCCUGGGUGUGGGCUGCCUCUGCAGGCUCAGGAAGCAGAGCCCGGAUGCAGCCCCCCGGUCAGGUCUCUUAGGUGAGAGGUCCCUUUAAAGGACCAGACAGUGGGACACGCACUCUCCACAGGGAACCAUGGCUCCUGUUGGGGAUAAACAACAGGUAAAAAGGAGGGAGCGGGAGGAGACCCUCUUCUGCCAGGCCCCUCCCCGCUUGCCUUGGCUCUGCCCAGGGAGCCCUGGCGCCAGGCCCCACCUGUCCUAUUUAUGGCACAGGCACUGUGAGGGCACCCAGGACAGCCUGCUCUGGGUGUGGCCUUCAGCUGUCUGGCUGCACCUUAGAAACUAUUUAUUCCCCAGAAGCCCCUGGGGCGUUUCAGGAGGUGGCACUGUGCUCACCUGGGAAAGCCCCUGGGGCUUACGAUCCUGGAAAAUAUUUUUGAUGAGCUGUUUGAGCUGGAUGUACAGAGGAAUAGGGGUUAUUUUAUUGCUGUAAUAUUGUAUGAUACUGUAACUGUACA